UUGGCUCCUAAGACAACAAAAAUUGGCCAUGCUUGGAUGGGGGCAUUGUUGUGGAAUCCAAAUCAAAUGACUGAAAUUUAUACCCAAAUCUCACAUAUCCAAAUAAGCCUAAAUCUUCUCAGGGACCAACACAUUACGAAGUUACGAACCGUGACCCCGGUGCUCUUCCGUCGGAAAAGUACGCACUCGAAUUCAAAUUCGAAAAGGGCACGCCCCUCUUCCGCCGCCGCCUCCUCCCGAGUCCCAACUCCCAAGAGCCCCCCUCCCCUCCUCUGCCCAACCAUGCCCUCCCCUACCCGCUCCCCGGCGAGGCCGCCGUCGCCGCCUCCGGGCGCGUCGGAGUGGGCCUGCGGCAUGUGCACGUUCUCCAACCGCAGCCGCUCCGUCACUUGCGGAAUGUGCGACAAAGAGCGCCCCGUGGAGGUCGACGCCGACAGCCCCGUGGCCGCAGCCGCCUUGACCCGGUGCGGGAGGAAGAGGGAGCGCGUGGCAUCUCCGGACGUCGUGGAGGUCUGCGACGGCGCGAGCGGGGACGGGGUGGGCAAGGCGCCCGCCGCCAAGAAAGGAAAUCUUGAGACUCAUUUGGAUAAGAAGACCUUCAAAAUUAUGACAUACAAUAUCUGGUUCCGGGAGGAUAUGGAACUGUGCAGAAGGAUGGAUGCUCUUGGAGAUCUUAUUAAGCACCACAGACCAGACUUGAUAUGCUUUCAGGAGGUUACACCAUACAUAUACCUGCUCCUGCAAAAAUCUGACUGGUGGCAAGAAUACAGAUGCUUGUUGUCUAAUGAGGAGGAUAUUCGGAGGCCAUAUUACUGCAUGCAGUUGAGCAAAGUGCCAGUGAAGUCAUCUGAAUGCAUCCCAUUUUCUAACUCAAUAAUGGGAAGGGAGCUGUGCGUCACAACUGUUAACACAGGAGGGAUGACGAAUCUGGUGUUAGCCACAACCCACCUAGAGAGCCCAUGCCCUGCACCUCCUAAGUGGGAUCAAAUGUACAGAAAGGAACGAGUAAUUCAGGCAAAUAAAUCCCUGGAAAUUCUCGGACACUUACGCAAUGCAAUACUCUGCGGGGACAUGAACUGGGAUGACAAAGGAGACGGCCCCUUCCCUCUGCAGGAUGGAUGGACAGACGCCUGGGUUGAUCUGAAACCCGGUGAAAAUGGCUGGACCUACGACACGAAGGCAAACGGCAUGCUGUCAUGCAACCGUAAGAUGCAGAAGCGAAUGGACCGGUUUGUGUGCAAGUUGGCAGACUUCAAGAUCGACAGCAUUGAGAUGAUUGGGAAGGAGGCGAUACCGGGUGUCUCGUACUUCAAGGAGAAGAAGGUUCGCAAUGAGAUCCGCAAGAUAGAACUGCCUAUCUUCCCCAGCGACCACUUUGGCCUUGUUUUGACCAUCACCCGGGAGGAUGACAGCUUCUGAACUAUUGUUACAGUAGUCCUACAUCAUUUAGGAUGUUCUCGUGCUCUUUUGCGUAGUAGCAUCGUAACCAUUACCUGCUUGCUUCUUGUUGAUUCUCUGCUUCGUUGCCUGUCCUUGAAAUGCGUUGGGUUGGCUGAAUGGCAACAUUCCUUCUGGUCUGACUGCUAUGACUUCUUUUUUUAGAAAAAUGAUAUCAUGAAGAUAUGCCACGUGGAAGUAUGAAUUUUGAUCCAUUUGAUAGAAAACAUUGAAGACGUGAUAUAAAUUAUUUGUACCUGAUUGGAAAGGGGA